CGCACACGUAAAUAGCCGCAUCAAGAUUGUCUAGAUAAAGUCGUCUCGCAUCCAUGGCGUAACCCCAGGGCAGGCUGUAAGUACAAAAAAUCAAAAUGGCGGACUUCUCGAAAGACAGCUUCCAGGUGCCAGCAUGCGCCAAGCAGGCGGAGGGUAUCAAGGCAUGUGCGCCAAGAUGGGGAAUGGGCUCGUCAACGAGGGACCAGGCCCAGAAGGUUCUUUCGAUGUCAUGCGUGAUGUAGGAAUUGAUGGCAACUGCACAUUGAUUGUCAUGCGUUCUUUUCUCCAACAGACUAAAAGUGAACUUUUGUCAAUUCUUCUCCACUACAACUAACUCAGGUUUACAUCUCCAAAUCCCACUCUGCCGACGUAAUCGGCAUCGACUCUCCGGGCCCAGUGUACCAACUCUCCGGCAGGACCCCGGGUCCAAAAUUUGGCUUUGGGACCAACAAGAGAGCGGGCUUGGAGAACCCGAAUAGCUACCCGCCGACAAGUAACGACCUCUUGCAGAUCGAUCAGCCACUGCCAGACAAGUACAAACAUCCGAGAAUGGGCAACGCAAAGUUCGGCACAAGUUUGAGGACAGCGGCGGUAAAUUUGGUGGCACAUUUCUCAUUAAUAUGUCGUCCUUUCUGUGUGACAGUAGGAGUUUGGGCUCUCAUAGAUGAUGUAGUCAGAUGAGUUGAUUCUAGAACUAGCAGAUGCUUGAUUCUUUGUCGAUUGGCUUGAUGUUGAAUUCUUUGCCACUAGGUCAACGCCCCCGGUCUGGACGGGUUCGCGCCGGGGGGCAUAUCACCAGGCCCCGCGCAGUACACCGCCAACUUUGGCUCUGCAAACCGCAUGCCGCCGGCCUUUACUAUUGCCUCGAAGACGAAAAUGGGCGCGUCCAAGUACGACGUGCGACCCGGACCGCAGGCGUACACACUGCCCGCGGGGGUGGGCGUCCAGCCGAACGCGCGAAAACCGAGCUUGCCGAGGUAUUCGUUCGGCAAGGCGCCGCGUUUCAAGAACAAACAGGAAGCAGUGUCCAUGGCGCCGCCGGGUGGAGAUCACGACGGAAAUUUGCGCUUGAAGUUCCAAAGGUAGUGAAUUUUCUUUCAUUGUGAUGCAUGAAAAUGAUAACUAGAUACACAAUGCAGCUAAAUUCUGUUUUAACGCAUCACAACGGCAGGGGCUGAAGUGCUUUCCUCUUCCUCGGUCCCGAGUGAGUUUCGGUGCGUAGUUUUUGUUGUUGCGAGUGAACCUGAGCUGUCCAAAUUCCUGUUUCUGUUCUCAUGCAAAAAGGCCAUUUGCAUGCGUCAUAAAAUUCAAUUUUAACGCAUCACAAAAACUUUCUUGCCACUCCGCCUCUCGUUCUCCAGGUCUGCAAACCGCGCCGCGACGUGGAAAUUGGGCUCCAGCACACGAGACCAGCAGGGGCGGCUGGCACCGGCUUUGCUGCCCGAGGAUUCGGUGCAAAAGAAGGGCCACGCGCACGUGGUAAUACCCGAGAAGAUACCGCCACGGAAAGACAUCUUGAAAUAUACGGAGAUCUGAUAAAAAGAUUUUUCCUUUUCGUAACUACUGUUUUAGUGUAUGAUUUACUAUAUAUGAAAACGAGGUGAAAUGCACUAUGUCAUCAAUGUCAGAGAACACUACGUCGACUUUAAUACCCUUUCUUACAAUACCGUAUCUGUUGUGCUUGGAGACUACUCACUGCUUUAUGAACUUUCACGCACGCCUGAAAUGAGUGCAAUCAGAUUGUUGACCAAGAGAAUGUAGUUGAUUUGUAGGAAACCGAAAUUUUUAGCACGAGCA